AUGGCGGCCCAGGAUACCAAGGAGAGCAAAAGCAAGAGAGCUCAAGAGCUAGCUCGACAGUGGCUAACCAAGGGAGGUAUAUUCCAUGAGGAUUCUGACGAUGAGUUGGGGUCCGAGGAUCUCCCAUGGGAAUGGAUUUAUGAAGACACUCAGGCCUCCCCGUUAAAGCCCUCGAGAGGUAGGAAAGCUGGCCCUAAAAUAAUAGGGGCGAGGAUGGGCUCAUUUGAAUGCAGACUCGGCCACAUUGUUCUCCUGAAAUCUCCCGAAGCUGGGAAGGACUGGGCUGGGAUAAUAUACGAAUUCCUUGAUGAUCCUGAUCCUGACAGCGGUGAUAUUGUCAAAUCUAUGAAUCUAAUGUGGUUUACUUCUCCGGAUGAAUUUUUAUCUACAAAGAACAAGCAGAGGGAUGAUGCUUUGCCUAACGAACAGUAUAUAACGACUGAUUUCAAUAUCAAUCCUCUCAUGUCUAUAAAUGGACGAGCAAUAGUGAUGUCCAAAGAUGCGUUCUACAAAAAAUAUCCCGAUGGAAAGCCGCCAAAGGGCAAGGCUGCCACCGCAGAAUUUAACAAGUGCAUCAUUUGCCGGCGGGGGGUGAAGCAGCUCCAGGGGAGGUACACUGACGAAUUUAUAUGGGAAGAUAUCUACACUGAAUCUGAAGAAGGAGUCUUCAACCUUUUCGAAUAUAUCAAAGAUUCCCUCUCCAAAGCCAAGAAACGAGCCCCAAAAGGAGCUGUGAAAGAAAAAGGUGAUGAUGUUGUUCCAUCGACACCCAGAAAGCGCCAGAAGACAGAGUCAAUAGCUGGCACCCCCCAGUCCCGGCAACGCCAAAAGUACCUAACGACGCCCACACAUAAAAGAAUUAAAGUGAAGAGGCCACUUGAAUUCACCCCCCUUUCUACUCGCACUCUUUCUCCUUCACACUUCACAGCGUCUCCAUAUCGACAGGCUCGAAAUUUGCUUCAUGUAUCCAGUGUCCCGACAUCCCUGCCUUGCCGUGAUGCAGAGUUUAAUUCUGUUUAUGACAGUCUUCACACUGCGAUUAAUGAUGGGACUGGAACUUGCAUUUACAUAUCAGGACCACCUGGCACAGGCAAGACUGCCACAGUUCGUGAUGUCAUUGCUCAUUUAAACACACGAGUGUUGGAUGAGGAGAUGGAUGACUUUAUCUUUGUGGAGAUCAACGGUAUGAAAGUCACAGAUCCGCACCAGUCAUAUUCUAUGCUCUGGGAAGCAUUGAAAGGUGACCGCAUCUCACCGUCGCAUGCACUGGAUUUGCUUUCACGGGAAUUCUCUCGGCCCUCCCCUCGCCGUGUUCCUUGUGUUGUUUUGAUGGAUGAGCUGGAUCAACUAGUUACCAAAAACCAGUCUGUCAUGUAUAAUUUCUUCAAUUGGCCUGCACUUCGACAUUCUCGCCUUGUGGUUCUUGCUGUUGCCAAUACAAUGGAUCUUCCAGAACGAACUCUCAGCAAUAAGAUCUCUAGUCGGUUGGGCCUUACUAGGAUCACAUUCUCAGGAUAUAAAUACCAAGAGCUCAUGGAGAUCAUCAGUUCACGACUAGAGAACGUCCCUGGGAAUAUUGUAGACGCAGACGCAGUUCAAUUCGCAAGUCGGAAAGUUGCUGCCGUUAGCGGUGAUGCCCGUCGUGCGCUCGACAUCUGUCGUCGAGCGGUAGAAAUAGCAGAGCAAGUCAGCGAGUCCAAAGCAAGAGAGAGACACAAAUCAUUUAUUACUUCCUCUGUGGACAUUGUUGAUGAUGCUGAUCUAACGUCUCUACCGCCAACACCUAGCAAAAGCGCAUCUCGACGCAAAGCCGCAGCCCUUUUAAAAUCUCUUCAAAAGGAAGAUACCCAAGAUGCAAACACUAUAGAUCAGGACAGCUUUCCACGAGUCACCAUUGCUACUAUUAAGCAAGCUAUUCAAGAGGCAACAUCCACUCCCCUUCAGCAGGCUCUUCGAUGUCUGCCACUUGCAUCAAAGGUACUUCUUGCAGGACUGCUGGCGAGAAUUCGACGAACAGGAAUUAAUGAGUCUACUGUUGGUGAUAUCCUCGAUGAAGCCAAGCGUAUAUCCGAUGCAGCAACGAGCGUACCUGCUUCCUCUAGUGCUAAACUCAAAGAGAAUUUGAUUUGCAAUUCAGAAAUUCAAGGAAUGGGGUUCGCGACUGUCGAUCUAGUAGAUGCAGGGCUUGUCGUCCUGGAGGGAGAUCAUGGAGUAAAGUCAGGGGAUGGCAUGAGCCAUGCAUUGGGGAAAGGGAAUAGGAGUAGCAAAGUUCGCCUAAGAAUUGCAGCAGAAGAUGCGAGGGCAGCUUUUAGGGAUGACCCAGAAGGGAAUAUGUUGGGUUUGGGUUUUGAUACAUAA